AUGGAAGAAUCCGUCAUCCUCUCUAAAUUCGACAACCUCGUCCAAUCUGGCCUCGUCCUAUACGACGAUAAACAACAAAUCAUCGAGCACAUUGACGGCGACCUCAAAUUCCAAUUUGUUCUCACUUCUGCUCUCGUCAAAAAGCCCACCCUAACCACGGCCCCGUCCCAGCCCGAUACCGACACCCAAAAACCAGAAAAGCGAGAAGGCAGCGACAUAAACUCGACGGGGUUCGAACUCGGCGCGCUAGAUAGCCACUUAGUGAUCGUGAAUAAGUUCUGCUUCGCACGGCCCCACCUCAUGCUUCUCACGUUUGAUGGUUACAAACGGCAGUACGAGGCGCUCGACGAGGCUGAUUUGAGCGACACAUGGCAGCUCCUGAGCUCCGCGGAGAGCGACUACGUUGCUUUUUACAACUGCGGCCAGAAUGGCGGAUGCAGUCGGCUGCAUAAGCAUCUGCAGGUGAUGCCCUUGCCGGCAAACAGUUUUGCGGCCUUUCUGGAUUCUUCCGAAGAGCCCGAAACCAAGGUUCCAUUUCAGUGGUUCUAUCGACGUUUUGAGGGUGAUGUGACCCCCGCUGUAUUGUUCGGAGUUUACAAAGGCCUUCUGGAGGAGGCUACAAAGGUGGGCGGGGGCGAUACGACGAGUGCGCCGCCCGGGGCAGUCUGUCCGCAUAAUAUGAUUUUUACCAAGAGGUGGAUGAUUGUGCUACCGAGAAGACGAGGCGCAAUUAAUAAGGAGGCUGGGGUAAAUUCGUUGGGUAUGCUGGGGGUGAUCGCCGUGGCUACGAUGAAGGAGAUUGAUAAUUGGGUCAGGCUGGGGUUGACGGAAUCCCUGGCAGAGCUGGGAGUACCCAAGCAGACAUAA